CCCAUCCUCGGCAGCCCGCGACACAUCGAAAAGAGUCACGACUACGAGUUCCUAAAACCCUGGCUUGGCACCGGACUGCUUACCAGCCAAGGCAAAAAGUGGCACCCCCGACGAAAGAUCCUAACGCCCGCGUUCCACUUCAAGAUCCUGGACGACUUUGUAGACAUCUUCCAGGAACAGAGUGCCGUACUGGUCCAACGGUUGGCACGCGAAGUGGGCAAUGAAGAGGGGUUCAACUGUUUCCCCUAUGUGACCCUGUGCGCACUAGAUAUCGUUUGCGAAACCGCCAUGGGUCGGCUUAUCCACGCUCAGAAGAACUCCGAUUCGGACUAUGUGAAAGCUGUGUAUCAAAUCGGAAGCAUCGUCCAGAACCGUCAGCAGAAGAUUUGGCUGCAGCCGGACUUCAUCUUCAAGCGUACCGAGGACUACCGAAACCACCAGCGGUGCCUGUCGAUUCUGCACGAGUUCUCCAACCGGGUGAUCCGUGAACGCAAGGAAGAGAUCCAGAAGCAGAAGCUAUCGAACAAUAACAUUUGGACGGUAACAACAACGCCGAAGAGUUCGGUCGGAAGAAGCGGUUGGCGUUCUUGGAUCUGCUGA